GAGAGGGAGGGUGGAUGAGGAGAUGAACAUGAAACCCAUGGGAGGCUAUAGUAUCAACCCGCCGGUGUUCAAUCUGUAGGACUCCUCAGAGGAGGCGAGAAUUGGGCUCAGUUAGGGGAAAAGUUCUGCCGCUGUGCAUUACAAUGGUAUUAAAUGGAUCCCACCUGAACAGCUCUGAUAGGGACCCCAGUGAGGCUGCGCUCAGUCGCCCGCCGUGGGUCAGCACAACUUUGGGCUGCUUUCUCAUCUUCACCAUCGUCGUGGAUAUUUUGGGCAACCUGCUGGUAAUCUUCUCCGUGUAUCGGAACAAGAAGCUCAGGAAUGCAGGGAACAUCUUUGUGGUUAGCCUGGCUGUAGCAGACCUCGUCGUGGCCAUCUACCCAUAUCCUUUGGUCCUCACCUCCAUUUUCCACAACGGAUGGAACCUUGGUUAUGUCCACUGCCAGAUCAGUGGCUUUCUCAUGGGUGUCAGCGUCAUUGGUUCCAUCUUCAAUAUCACCGGAAUCGCUAUCAACAGAUACUGUUACAUCUGUCACAGCCUCAAAUACGACAAACUUUACAGUGACAAAAACUCUGUCUGUUAUGUGAUUUUGAUAUGGAUGCUGACUGUGGUUGCCAUUGUGCCAAACCUGUUUGUGGGUUCCCUCCAGUAUGAUCCACGAGUUUAUUCCUGCACCUUCGAGCAGUCAGCCAGCUCAGCGUACACAAUCGCAGUGGUAUUUUUCCACUUUAUAUUGCCCAUUAUGAUUGUCACCUACUGCUACCUGCGUAUUUGGAUAUUGGUUAUACAGGUACGGAGACGGGUCAAGCCAGACAUCCGACCCAAACUAACACCGAAUGAUGUCAGAAACUUUGUCACAAUGUUUGUGGUGUUUGUGCUCUUUGCUGUUUGCUGGGCACCACUUAACUUCAUUGGCCUGGCUGUAGCAAUCAAUCCAGAGGUUGUUGUUCCCCUCAUCCCGGAGUGGUUAUUUGUGGCCAGCUACUUCAUGGCUUACUUCAACAGCUGCCUUAAUGCCAUUGUAUAUGGUGUGUUAAACCAGAAUUUUCGGCGGGAGUACAAACGUAUUGUGGUGUCAGUGUGUACAGCCCGCAUUUUCUUUCAAGACAGUUCCAAUGACGCAGGAGAGAGACUCAAAAGUAAACCAUCACCUCUCAUGACCAACAACAACCAGGUUAAGGUGGAAUCUGUCUGAACCGAAACUCAGAGACUGGAUCUUUUAUGCUGGAUUUAAUUUGCCCUAUUUUUUAGACUAACUGACAAAUAUAAACACAAACAGGCUUCUUUCCUCUGGGCUGUCAAGACUGUCACAUUGUAAGGUGCUAAAUGACCUCCAAAACAAUCACAGUAAAAACUUGGGUUUAUGUAUUGUUUUUAUACACUUGGAGUUCUUGUAGAAAGUAAAUUAUGACUUUUUGCAUUUUCUGUUUGGAUUGGUGGUAUUAAUGUAACGUUCACUAUAUUAUUAUCGAUUUUGUUUGUAUAAAUAUAUACAUAUAUACAUACAUAUACAUACAUAUGGACAUAUACAUAUAUAUUAGGGCCACAACAAAUUUUGCAAAUCGAUAAAACUGUUGAUUAUUUUUAAAAUUAUUUGAUUAAUAAUUGGAUAGCCAAAGGUUCCUUAAAG